GCGCGCACGACACGCAACGCGCCCAUAAUGGCGGCGCAAUACAUCGGCAGCAAGAUCAGCCUGAUCUCCAAGAGCGAGAUCAGAUACGAGGGCAUUUUGUACACGAUCGACACCGUGGACUCGUCGCUCGCGCUUCAGAAUGUGAGAUCCUUCGGCACGGAAGGACGGAAGAAGAACGGCCCGCAGAUCCCGCAGUCCACGGAGAUCUACGACUACAUCAUCUUCCGCGGCAGCGACAUCAAGGACCUGACCAUGGAUCAGGCCGUCGCCGCGGCUCCCGCGGCGGCACCCCCCGUCCAGCAGCCCGUCCAGCAGCAGCGCAUGGCGCCGCCGAUGCAGCAGUAUCAGCAGCAGCCGCCGCAGCAGCAGUACCAGCAGCCGCCGCCGCAGCAGCAGUACCAGCAGCAGCCUCCGCGUCAGCAGCAGGCCCCCGCGCCCGCGGCGGCGCCGGCGAACCCGUGGAACCGCCAGCCCGUGAUGGCGCCCCCCGCGGCGGCGCCCGCGCGACAGACGCGUCCGCCCCCGCAGCAGCAGCAGCAGAGGCAGGCGGCGCCGAAACCCGCGCCGACGGUUGUGCCGAAGGCGAAACCGACGUCUUUCGCCGCCGCGAUCGGCGGCGGCGGCGGCGGAGCGCAGCCCAAGGGCGUCCCCGCGAGGGUGCCGCAGCACACGCUAGGCGGCGGCGGCGGCGGCGGCGCGGUGCCCGCCCCCCGCGCCGGCGGACGGGGCGGCAGAGGCGGCGCGGGCGUUCCCGCGCCGCGCGCCGGAGGACGGGGGCCCGUCCCGCGACCGAACGUGGGCGGCGACGGCCUCCUCCCGACGCGGAUGGCGGUCCCGACGGAGGACUUUGACUUUGUCGGCGCGUUCGCGAAGUUCCGGAAAGAAGCCGAGGCGAUGCGGUUGCAACAAGAGGCCGCGCCGACGUACGUCAAGGACGACUUCUUCGACUCGAUGUCGUGCGAAGCGCUCGAAAGACAGCAGCAGGCGACGCAAACUGGCGGUCGGUCGCGGUUCGCGGAGAUGCGCAGGCUCGACAUGGACACGUUCGGCGCCGCGGGCGGGCAAAACCAUAACCAAAACCGCGGCGGUCGCGGCGGCCAGAACAACGGCGGCAGAGGCGGCCAGAACAACGGCGGCAAAGGCGGCUUCCAGCAAGGAGGUCGCGGCGGCGGUCACCAGCAGGGCGGUCGGGGUGGCCGGGGUGGCGGUCGGGGCGGCCGCCGUUGA